AAGGGAAAGAAGCGCAUCAAACGCGCCAUUGAAAAUCUUCGAUAAGAGAUCAAGGAAAAAGAGUAUCUCGGACGGUUUGUCUGCCCGUUAGGGCUUCGCAGGUCGCAGCUUCCUUUUCACGGUUUCACUCACCGCUCCCGGGACCCCGCCCUCUCUCCAUCUCUCCCUCGCUCUCCCUCUUCCCGCGCUCUUGCUUUCGUCUGCUUUUCAAUCCGUCGCCGGCAGCGUCAAGCCAGACCGCCGCCCCUUUUUCCCUCGCUCAACCCAUAUCGUCGCCGGCGCUUCCAUCUCGAUAGAGUGCCAUUCCUGUGACUUCCGAUCCACCGCCGCCGGAGGGGUGCCGUUCUCCUCAUCGUGAUGGUUCCCCAGCAAUUAAAAAAUAUGUCAAAGAGCUUUCCGACUUGUUAAUCUACAAUCAACUUCAUCCAGCAGCUUUCCAGACUUGGUUGAUGUAGGCAAUUUCUUAUGAAGAACUUGGUCUGAUCAAUGCAGAAAUGAUAGUUUUUUGCCCUAAUGGGAGCACUCACAGCACCAUGAGCUAAGUUUAUAGCCUCUUUUUUUAAAUGAUGUCUCCUGCACAGGCAAUGAUUAAGGUCAAGAAAGAAAAUUACCAUGACUGUUUUACGACAUCUGAUGUAAAGACAACCAGAAUACAUGAAACAACAGCAACUGUUAUUGGGAAAAAUCAAGAGCUUUUCGAUUUAGGUAAGGACAUUGUGGAUCCGGAGAAGGCACUGGAUUCUGAUUGUAAUUUGGAUGGGGUAGGUGAUGAAGUGAUUGAUAUUCUUGAAGAUGUUGAUACUGGCAUGCGACUCUCUCCAACUGGGGGGGGAACAGAAUGUUCUAGUUCCUUCUCAAAUACUGACUCAGAUGGUGAAAGUUCUACUAUGAAUUCUGUUGAUUUCGAAGUAGAAUCACAAUACCAUUGUGACAACGAUAUGUCAAGGUUGUUCAUGAGAAAAAAGACACUGACUGCUGAUUGGAAGAAGUACCGUCAUCCUCUCAUGUGGAGGUGCCAUUGGUUAGAAUUGCGGAUAAAGGAGCUUCAGUCUCAAGCAUCAAAAUAUGAUAGAUUGCUUUUGGAAAUAGAACAUGGAAAGCAAUUGAAGUAUAGCCAGGCAACUUUAGACAGUUCUGCUGCCAGGGUCAUUCCCUUUUCCAGCCAGUGCUUUGAAACAAAGAUUAAGAAGAGAAGGAAAAGAAAGAGAAUAGAGGAUAUGGUUGAUAUACAGGCACACAUGUCAGCACACCCAUUAUUCUCUUAUUAUGAAAGGAAGAAGAAGAUUGAUGUUGAUGGCAUCGAUGAUGAUUGCAGUAGUGUCCCAGUUGUUAUUGAAGAGCCUAAUAACAGCACAGAGGAUUUUGGUGUUAACUCUGAUUGGACAUCCUUUGAGUGGAAGGACAGUGAGAGCUUCCUUGAGAAAGCUCUUUGGAAGAUUGAAGGCUUGCAAUCUCGCAUCCUGAAGCUGAAAAACCAGCUGAAUAAGUUGGUCUUGAAAAAUGCAGCAAAGGCAUCUUUGGUGGAGAAUUCAAGCCAUUGUGUAGCAGCAGAACCUGUAGCAAGCUCCCUGCAAAGCCCACCCCUCUCACCUGCUCAUGGUGAAGCAAAGUUGAUGGAAGGACUUAAUGCACCUUGUCAACAAUUGUCUGACUAUGAAGCUGGGGACUUGUUCAUUCCAGGUAGUGCUGUCUCAAGUUAUGCGGACCAAACAAUGCUUGAUCUUGAUGACACUGGGAAGUGUAUUUUUUCUCUGGCCGACAUGCCCUUUGAUCAGGUUCCAAUGGGUGAUUCAUGUGAAGAUAUAUUUGAUGAAGUUCUCAUUGACAACCAAGCCGCCGAGGAAGGUCUGCAAAAUUAUGAGGUCUGUCAGCCUGUUGAGAAGACUUGUCAAGUUAAGGAGGAAAAUGUGAGGGAUGGUGUUUUUCCAGCUGUUCCAGUCCAACCUUACGGGAGAAAGGUAGAAGAAGAAAAUCACAGUACUUUAGCUCCACCACCAGAAUCAUCUGUCUUGGAAUUAUGCUUGCUCUCUGAUGUGCAUGUGCCAAGGAACAGGAGGAAUCGAGUGGGACGUAGAGUUCCUUCCGGUGUCUGGAAUGCUGAGAACUCGGUAUCUGGUCCUGAUCAAGAAUCAAGAUAACUAGCAAGUUAGGUCUUCCCUUAAGGGAUUUGCCUGUUAAAAUCUGGUUUAUUUAAGAACAAGAACAUUGUCUGGAAAUUUGGGUUUGUGAGAAAAUGUCCUUUUAUCCCGUCGUAGAUGGUCUGCAUUCUAAGUUGCUGUACAAAUAGUUAAUAAACAGAAAUGAUUACAGCUCCGGAGAAACAGUUGCUACUGCA